GCUUUUCCUACUGGGGGACUUAAAAGUACCUUCCACUUGCUGCCAUCAGAAAACAGCUCUGCAAUUAAAAUUAAAUGUAUGCUGCUUUAAACUUUUUCAUGCUUUGGUGGCUAUUGGUUCAGGGUUGAAUCCCAGGAGUGGGAUAAUGAGGACAAAGGAAAUGAACCUUUUUAUUGCUCUUGCUUUAGAUUGCCAAAUUACUCGCCAGCAAGGGAUCAUGCCUACUUACUCUGAAAAACAAUCUGAAAUUUAGCCCCAAGGAAAUGCAUACAGAUCUUGCCUGUCUCCGUUGCUGGUUUUCAUUUUCCCAUUCUGCGGUGGCUUGUUAAUAUUAGUUCUGACCUUUGGGGCAAGGUGAACACAUGGUUAGCUUAAAGAGAAAAGGCUCUGGGUGGCUCAGGAACUUCUUUGGCAACUACAACAGCUGAUAUUUCAACAGAGCACACACACACCCCUCUUACCGAGGGUACUUCCCCAGCCUUCCCAGAGAACCAACGGAAGGCUCCAGGCUCCCUCUUGGACGCCACCCACUGGACCUGUUUGGGGGGUCUAAAUAGAAGAGGACUGUGUGUCGGAUAAUUCCCAAUGGAAGACAAAACCUCUAAGAGAUCAGCAACUAUACCCCAGUUUACCAAUUCCCCCACAAUGGUGAUUAUGGUGGGCUUACCAGCUCGAGGAAAGACUUACAUCUCUACGAAGCUCACUCGAUAUCUGAACUGGAUAGGAACACCAACUAAAGUGUUUAAUUUAGGCCAGUAUCGACGAGAGGCAGUUAGCUACAAGAACUACGAAUUCUUUCUUCCAGACAACAUGGAGGCCCUACUUAUCAGGAAGCGGUGUGCUCUGGCAGCCCUGAAGGAUGUCCAUGAUUAUCUCAGCCGUGAGGAAGGCCACGUUGCGGUUUUUGAUGCCACCAACACUACCAGAGAACGACGGUCACUGAUUUUGCAGUUUGCUAAGGAACAUGGUUACAAGGUGUUUUUCAUUGAGUCCAUCUGUAAUGACCCUGGUAUCAUUGCAGAAAACAUCAAGCAAGUGAAACUCGGCAGCCCUGAUUACAUAGACUGUGACCGAGAAAAGGUUCUGGAAGACUUUUUAAAAAGAAUUGAAUGCUAUGAGCUCAACUACCAACCCCUGGAUGAAGAACUGGACAGCCACCUGUCCUACAUCAAGAUCUUCGACGUGGGCACACGCUACAUGGUGAACCGAGUUCAGGACCACAUCCAGAGCCGCACAGUAUACUAUCUUAUGAACAUCCACGUCACACCCCGCUCCAUCUACUUAUGCCGGCAUGGUGAGAGUGAACUCAACCUCAGAGGCCGCAUUGGAGGUGACUCUGGCCUCUCAGCUCGGGGCAAGCAGUAUGCUUAUGCCCUGGCCAACUUCAUUCAGUCCCAGGGCAUCAGCUCCCUGAAAGUGUGGACCAGCCACAUGAAGAGGACUAUCCAGACAGCUGAGGCCCUAGGCGUCCCCUAUGAGCAGUGGAAGGCCCUGAAUGAGAUUGAUGCGGGUGUCUGUGAGGAGAUGACCUAUGAAGAAAUCCAGGAACAUUACCCUGAGGAAUUUGCACUACGGGACCAAGAUAAAUAUCGCUACCGCUAUCCCAAGGGAGAGUCCUACGAGGAUCUGGUUCAGCGGUUGGAGCCAGUUAUAAUGGAGCUAGAACGGCAGGAAAAUGUGCUGGUGAUCUGCCACCAAGCUGUCAUGCGGUGCCUCUUGGCCUACUUCCUGGAUAAGAGCUCAGAUGAGCUGCCGUAUCUCAAGUGCCCUCUGCACACAGUGCUCAAACUCACACCUGUGGCUUAUGGAUGCAAAGUGGAGUCCAUCUACCUGAAUGUGGAGGCGGUAAACACACACCGAGAGAAGCCUGAGAAUGUGGACAUCACUCGAGAUCCUGAGGAAGCCCUGGACACUGUCCCUGCCCACUACUGAGCCCUCUCCGGAAGUCAAACUACCUCUUUCCUGUCUUCCACCUCUAGAAGCUUCUAUUCUUGCUCUUCUACACUGAGAAGACUUUGGAUUUGGCCUCACUGGGAGAUCCUGCUUCCAGUGAAGAAGCACUCGGCAGAUCCAAAACAGGUGUCGAUUUCUAACUACAACCAAGGAGCUGUCUAGCUCUGGAUGAAACUUUCUUCUUAAUUUUCAUUCUCUGAUCAAUGAAAACUUCUCUUACUGCCUCUAAGAGGGGAGAGGUGGUCAUUGUGAAGCUUCUCCCACAGGGUCUUCUGAAGAUCCUGACCCCGCAAAGUGGCUCUGAUGAUGUGGGGAUGUGGAAUGGGUGAGAGCUUCCUAGAGGAAAGACUUCUGGGAGGAGAUAGGUCUCUGUGUCUGCCUAUGGGCUUUGUUCUUUGGUGGGCAAUGUUCCUGGGGCAUGGCAUCCUCACCCCUAUACUCAGAGAAGCUGAACUUGGACCACAGUGCUCCUGUCUUCUCCAACUCUUGCUGCCAUUCUGAGUGUUGUCCCUGUCCAUGUCAAUAGUCCAAAGAAUACCCUAGUCUCCCAGUCCCCCUCAACUCCAUGACCACCCAUUCCAUGGACAUUGGCAACAUGAAUACUUCUCCACAGUGUGACUUCUUAAAUACAAGCAUCCGACUAUCUGACCACAGACCCGUAGUCCUUACAACUUUCUGUGUCAUGCACGGGAUCCCUAGCAGCCUGCCUUCUGUACAGCAGACAUACACUUAGUAUUGCUGACCAGGAACCAGUAACCCAGUGCUGAAAAGACAAACUCGUACAGUAUUUUCUGGUACUCUAGCCCACCCCACCUUCUCAGGGAUUGCCCACUUCAGUCAAUUCAUGACUAUUCUUUUUCUGUCUCCUGUCCUUUUUUGUUGGCUUUUGCCCCAACGGUCUAUGCAACACGGUCAGGUCUUUCUCCUAUCCCAAUAAAGCUCUCCCUUCUUCCUGUGUCACCCUCUAAUUACCCCCACUCCAUUCUUACACAACCAUCUCAAAAUGAACGUAGAAUUACUGUCCUUGUAUAAUUACCUUCUCCCUAUGCAUUCUGUUCCAGGCUUUCCCCCUUCAUAGCUUUGCCAUACUUUCCCCAGGUCUCUAUCCCACUGAAGUAAUCCUUUCCUUUUAGCCUAAAGCUGGACCCCACAUUCCCCAAAGAGCUAUGCCAAUCGUUAGCUCUUCUAUGAACUCAAAAUGUCACGCACAACAAUUAAGCAUAAUAAAGAAAGAAAACAACUGCAGUUCAUUUUGCAAAUUUAAUAUAAUGCUGAUA